CGGGAGGGGCGGAGCGCCCGGGCCUAUUAGGUCCCGCGCCGGCAGCCGGGCCGCAGACACGAAGCCUCCCGGGUGGCUCACAGACUCUGCCAGCAUCGCCGCCGCCAGAGGAGAAAUGUCCGAAGGGAGACCCAUCUCCAGAGACAUCGUGAUGGAGAUCCUCCUGUAUGGGCAGCCCCUGGAACCCCCGACCAUGGAGGUUCUUGGCGUGACUGACCCUGAAGAGGACCUGAACCCUAUGGAGGACUUCGAUCCUUUGCAGUGCAUGGAGGGCAGUGACGCGUUGGCCCUGCGGCUGGCCUGCAUCGGGGACGAGAUGGACGUGAGCCUCAGGGCCCCGCGCCUGGCCCAGCUCUCCGAGGUGGCCAUGCACAGCCUGGGUCUGGCUUUCAUCUAUGACCAGAUUGAGGACAUCAGAGAUGUUCUUAGAAGUUUCAUGGACGAUUUCACCACCUUUAAGGAGAACAUAAUAAGGCUCUGGAGAUCCCCGAACCCCGGGUCCCGGGUGUCCCGCGAACAGGUGAUGCUGGCGCUGCUGCUGCUGAUGCUGGCGCUGCUGCUGCUGAUGCUGGCGCUGCUGCUGCUGCUGCUGGUGCUGCUCAGCAGGGGCCUGCACCUGCUGCUCAAUUGAGGCCCCGGUGUCUCAGGGCGGGGCUGGCCCCACCCCUGUGACCACUGCCCUGGAGGUGGCGGCCUGCUGCUGUUGUCUUUUUAACUGUUUUCUCAUGAUGCCUUUUUAUAUUUAAACUCUGAGAUAGUGCUGGAACACUGCUGAGGUUUUAUACUCAGGUUUUUGGGUUUUUUUUUUAUUCCAAUUUUUGUUUUUUCUAAGAGAUGAAUUCCUAUGGCUCCGAAAUUGUUAGCUGUUAACUGUGGCCUGUGCCCAGGAAGAGCCAUUCACUCCUGCCCCUGCCCACACGGCAGGUAGCAGGGGGAGUGCUGGUCACACCCCUGUGUGAUGCCCUUGGCAAAGAAUCUACUGGAAUAGAUUCCGAGGAGCAGGAGUGCUCAAUAAAAUGUUGGUUUCCAGCA